AGCUGCGGGGGGAGCGAGGGUCCCAUUGGGUCUGUCUGUGUCCAAUCAGGGCGCUGGUGCCGGGCAGUGGGGGGAGGGGACGACGAGGGGCGCAGCCUGGGCCCCCCUCUGGCCGUGGGGCCGGCACCCUCGACCCUCUGCUCGGGGCGGAAGUGACGAGCCCCGGCUGCCAAAAUGUCGGCGCCCAGAGGGAGCUAGGCAUCCGUGGGACCCGGCGGUGAUGGAGCUCUUUGGCACUGAUCUGCCUGGGGGACUGGGCACCGGCUGGGCAGAGGAGCCCGGGCAACCCCCCAGCCGGGCGCCUGGCACCAUCGAGCGCAUGAUCCCGUGCUCAGACCCGGAGGACGGCCCCGACGGGCUGGCGCCGACCCCGCUGACGGACAACGGGGCGGGCGCCCGGGUGCCCUUCCACUGCUCCGAGUGCGACAAGAGCUUCCGGUACCGCUCGGACCUGCGGCGCCACUUCGCCCGGCACACGGAACUCAAACCCUUCCAGUGCCCGCACUGCAGCAAGAGCUUCAAGCACUCCUUCAACCUGGUCAACCACAUCCGCAGCCACACCGGCGAACGCCCCUACCGCUGCACUGUCUGCCCCAAGGGCUUCCGCGACUCCACCGGCCUGCUCCACCACCAGGUGGUGCACACGGGCGAGAAACCCUACUGCUGCCACGUCUGCGAGCUCCGCUUUUCCUCCCGCAGCAGCCUGGGCCGGCACCUGAAGCGCCAGCACCGCCCUCCCCCCGGAGGGGGCGCCCCCGAGCCGCCCAGCGCCACCCGCUGCUUGGAGCACCUGUGUGGCCAGGGGCGGGCGGCCCCUUAUGGCUGCGGGGCCUGCGGGCGCCACUUCCGGCAGGCGCCCGAGCUGGGGAAGCACUGGCUGGCUCACACCGACAUCAAGCCCUUCAAGUGCCCCGACUGUGAGCGGGACUUUAACGCCCCCUCCCUGCUGGAGCGCCACAAACUCACCCACGCCAAGGACCGGCCGCUGCUCCUGCCCUGCCAAGGCUGCGCGGGCAAGGGGGCACCGGGGCAGCAGGGGCCGGGCUGCCCGGCCUGUAAGCCCCAGGACACCCGCCCCCUGGACAGCCUGUACCAGUGCGAGUGUGGCACCUUCUUUGCCAAUGCCGGCGCCCUGGCCGCUCACCUGGCUGCCCACACGGGCGAGGCCUCCUUCACCUGUGGCAUCUGCAGCAUGAGCUUUGGGGCCCUGCCACCCCUGGAGGCCCACCAGCUGAGCCACGCCAUGCUGCUGUCCCCGGAGGGCGCCCCUCAGCCAGUGGCGGCGGGGCCUGUGCUGCCGGCCAGCGGGGAGCUGGAGCACCACCUGCUGCCGCGGCUGGAGCUACGGGCUUUCCCCGCCCGGCCUGGCAAGAAGCUCUACAAGUGCACGGAGUGUGAGAAGUUCUUCCGCAGCCCGCGGGACCUGGACCGGCACGUGCUGGUACAUACGGGCGAGAAACCCUACCAGUGCACCGAGUGCGGCAAGUUCUUCCGGCACGAGUGCUACCUGAAACGACACCGGCUGCUCCACAGCGGGGAGCGCCCCUUCCAGUGCAGCGUCUGCCACAAGGGUUUCAUCACUUUCAGCAACCUCUCCCGCCACCUCAAACUGCACCGUGGCAUUGACUAGCCGGGCGGGGCCCCUGGCAGCCCCGGCCGGCCUACACGUCCUGCCUCCCACCUCCGGCUCUCCCUGCUGGCAUAGCCACAGGCCGGCAUGUUCUGCUCGGGUGUCCUCUCGGUGCUGGGCUGCGCACACCGGUUGGUUGUUAUAGGGUCUCUGGCACAUGUCAGUUUGUUUUUGUAGGGUCACUCAAGCACUGGGCUGCACAGAUUGGUUUGUUAUUGUAGGGUCUCAUUGCACUUGCCGGUUUGUUUUUGUAGGGUCACUCAUAAGCGCUGGGCUGCACAGAUCCGUUUGUUAUUGUAGAGUCUCUUUGCACCUGCUGGUCUGGUACUGUAGGGUCUCAUUGCGCACGCUAAUUUGUUUUUGUAGGGUCUAAAUUCAAAUGGCAAUCUAUUGCUGUAGAGUUACUCCUGAGCGUAAGCCAGUUUGUUGUUGCAGGAUCACUUGUUAGUGCUGGGUUGUACACAAUGGUUUGUUGUUCUAGGGUCUCAUUGUACACGUUGGUUUGUUAUUGUAGGGUCUCACUACAUAUGCUGGCUCAUCAUUGUUUGGUCCCUCUCAAGCUUGGGACUGCACAGAGAAUUGUUGUUAGAGGGAGUUGGGACUCUCUGGGCCAGUCUGUUCUUGUGGGGUUUUUGAAAGUGCUCAGGCAGCUGUGCGCCCUAGGCUAGUUAUCAGCCCUGCCCUUGCUUCCACGGGACAGAAGACUCGGCAGUCACUUAGAAGGAAUAUAUCUAGGGAUUCUGCAUUGAGACUACUGACUCCCCCUGCCUGCACCGCCCGGCAUCCCCACUAGGGGUCUCUGGGCCCAGAGGGACCUUGGCACUGCCCCAGCCUGUGCUGCCCGGCAUCCCCACUAGGGGUCUCUGGGCCCAGAGGGACCUUGGCACUGCCCCAGCUUGCAACGCCCGGCAUCCCCACUAGGGGUCUCUGGACCCAGAGGGUCCCUGGCACUGCUCCAGCCUGUGCUGCCCGGCAUCCCCGCUAGGGGUCUCUGGGCCCAGAGGGACCUUGGCACUGUCCCAGCUUGCAACGCACGGCAUCCCCACUAGGGGUCUCUGGGCCCAGAGGGACCUUGGCACUGUCCCAGCUUGCAACACACGGCAUCCCCACUAGGGGUCUCUGGACCCAGAGGGACCCUGGUGCUUCCCCAGCGUGCACUGCCCGGCAUCCCCACUAGGGGUCUCUGGGCCCAGAGGGACCCUGGUGCUUCCCCAGCGUGCACUGCCCGGCAUCCCCACUAGGGGUCUCUGGGCCCAGAGGGACCUUGGCACUGCCCCAGCUUGCAACGCCCAGCAUCCCCACUAGGGGUCUCUGGGCCCAGAGGGACCCUGGUGCUUCCCCAGCGUGCACUGCCCGGCAUCCCCACUAGGGGUCUCUGGGCCCAGAGGGACCCUGGUGCUUCCCCAGCAUGCACUGCCCGGCAUCCCCACUAGGGGUCUCUGGGCCCAGAGGGACCUUGGCACUGCCCCAGCUGGGGGUCUGGCCCCAUGGACUCAAUGGAGCUACGGCCCAUUGACCCCAGCUGGGGGUCUGGCCACAUGGACUCAGUGGAGCUAUGGCCCAUUGACCCCAGCUGGGGGUCUGGCCCCAUGGACUCAGUGGAGCUAUGGCCCAUUGACCCCAGCUGGGGGUCUGG